GAUUCCUAUGUACAUUUCAAUGAUGUGACGUCGUUUCAGUAUUCUUUCAAUUCAUCAAUUUAAAAGUGUAUAAAUUUAUACAAACUUCAUAUAAUCUUAUAAUCUGGCAGACCUUUCUGGCGAAGGAGAAUGAAAAUUAUAAAUAUAAAAAAUCAUAAAUACGAAAUUUUUUAAUUGUUUGAAAUUAUAUAACAGAAAUGUUUCUCAGAAACUUUUUUAAAAGGAAACCUAAAACAAUACCACAUAAAGUUGUCAAUAGUUCUUUUGGAAAUUAUGAGAUUAUUAUGCCAUGGGAAGUUUCAGAAAUUAGAGAAGUACCACCGUAUAUUCCUAAACCAUCUUACAGUCAAUCUUCAGUACCUCGUGAUGGUCCAAAAAACCCUGAAAUUAAAGAUAAAAAUCAAAUACAAAGCAUGAGAGAUAGUUGUAGUUUUGCUAAAAAAAUAUUAACUCAUAUUAAACAAUAUAUAAAGUCUGGUUUGACUACAGAUGAAUUAGAUGCAAUAGUUCAUGAAAUGAUUAUAAGUAACGGGGCUUAUCCUAGUCCACUUAAUUAUAAAGGAUUUCCAAAAUCAAUAUGCACUAGUAUUAAUAAUGUUGCAUGCCAUGGAAUUCCAGAUAAAAGACCAUUAGCAAAAGGAGAUAUAUUAAACGUUGAUGUCACAGUAUAUUUACAGGGUUAUCAUGGAGAUUGUUCAAAAAUGUUUGAAGUAGAAGAGUGCGAUGACGAAGCGAAACGAUUAAUAAGUGUAACGGAAUUGUGCUUAAAAAAUGCUAUUGAUAUUUGUAAACCUAAUGAAAAUUUCUCUAGUAUAGGUAAUAUUAUAGAAGACACGGCAAAUAAAAAUGGAUAUUCUGUAGUACCAAUAUUUGCAGGACAUGGCAUAGGUACUUACUUUCAUGGACCACCAGAUAUUUUUCACUUUGCAAAUAACUUUGGUGGGAAAAUGCUACCUGGAAUGACAUUUACUAUUGAACCAGUUUUAAGUCAAGGAAGUGAAGAAGUUAAAAUUCUAGAGGAUGGAUGGACAGCUGUUACAGUGGAUAAUGCACGAACUGCUCAAUGUGAACAUACUAUUUUAAUUACUGAUAUUGGCUGUGAUGUAUUAACUUGUUAAUCUGGUAAAUUUAUUUUUUAUUGCCUCAAAUAUAUUUGAUGAAAGCUC